AAUCAGGCACAGAGGUUGCACGACACUAUCAGGUUUGGUUGGCUUGACACAGCGGCUACUAUUGGCUGUCUCUGGCCUGCGUAGUCCCUUCUUAGCCAAUGAGUGCGUGUGUCCCGCCCUUUGUGGACAGCUUCCGGGAGAGCAACGCUAUUCCCCCUAGGAAACAGGAGCAGGUCAGUAAGGGACACAGGCUCAACCUACACCUUCACGUUUGAUUAGCAGGGCAUGCUGGGGAUCUAAUGGGAAUGACGGAGGAGCCGAAUGAAACAGUCUGUUGGUUCAAGAAUAAAGAGCAACGGAAGGAGAGAAUCCUGAAUCUCACACUGGAGAUUAUCUAUCUGCUGACUGGAGAGGGCUACGUCAUCCCUAAGAAGAAGAGCCCAACUGUGGGUUUGGGGGCCCUGCAUGCCCCUGGCUCCGUCAUACAGAAGGAAAAUGACAAGAAGAUCCUGGAACUCAUCUCCAACAUCAUCCAGCUGCUGACUGGAGAGGAGUGGGAGUAUAUAAAGGAAAACAAGGCCCUUUACAGGGAAGGGAUAAAGGAGGAGGAGGAGCCCCAGCAGCUCCGCCCACUGGAUUGUGUAAGUGAAGAUAUCCACAAUAUUGAAGGUAAUCUAGUCACAUUAUACUGUGAUAAUGACCCAAACAAGAUCGUCUCUGCUGAAACAGAUUCUUGUCUAGAUGAUCAUUUCCCCAAAACUGAAAUUUCUCCAGUGGAACAGCCCCCUCCAACCAAUGGGAUUAAAGAGGAGGCGGCUUCAUGUGAAGGGGGAAACCAAUCAGAUUGCAGCAUUAAUCCCCUUACAGAACAGAUACAGGGAACAGACACACCUACUCCUAUCAUGGGGUGCAGCCUCAAUAACCACACAGCAGAGGAUUAUACAUCAAAUGGAAUUAAAGAGACAGCUUCAUGCAAAGGGGGACACCAUUCAGAUGUCAGCAGCAGUUUUGUUGUAGAACAAAUACAGGAAGCAGAUAGACUUACACCUGUCACGGGGUACAGCCUAAAUAACAACCCAACAAGUAAUUAUAUCCCAGAUGCUGCUAUGGAGGAAUCUGUGUCGUAUGAAGAGAAAAACAUUUCAGAUUGCAGCAUUAAUCCCCUUACAGAACAGAUACAGGGAAUGGACACACCUACUUCUAUUAUGGGGUGCAGCCUGAAUAACAGUAUAUCGGCUAAUGACAUAAUCAUAGCUACUAUUAAACAGGAGGCCAUUUCUUGGGAAAGAGGACAUUCUUCAUAUUGCAGCAUUAAUCCCCUUACAGAGCAGAUACAGGGAACAGAUGCACCUUCUCCUAUUAUGGGGUGCAGCCUGAAUAGCAAGUUUGCAGAUAAUUUUAUAUCAGAUGAUAUAAAAAAGGAGGCGGCUUCAUGGGAAGGGGGAAACCAAUCAGAUUGCACUAUUAAUCCCCUUACAGAACAGAUACAGGGAAUGGAUACACCUAUCAUGGGGUUCAGCCGGAAUAACAGCUCGGAAGAUAAUUAUAUAUCAUAUAAUAUGAAAGAGGAACCUGUAUCAUGGAAAGGAGAAAACCAUUCAUCUUAUGGAACAAAUCCACUUGCAGAACAGACACACGAGACAGAGACAGUCAUGGGAAACAUUUUAAAUAAUAGUUUAACGAUGAAGUGCAGCGACUAUGGGAGGAACCUUAGUAAUAAACUCUUGCUUAAGCCUCCGUUCAGAUCAAGGUCCCUGCCGGGGAUGCACAGCUGCACUGUGUGCCACCGGAUAUUCCAUAGCGAGAGCACGCUCGGCAGGCACCAGAGAAAAAUUCACAAAAUAGACAAACCCUUCGGUUGCUCAGAGUGUGGGAAACGCUUUAAGCUGUGCUCGAAGCUCGCGACGCACCAGAGAUACCACACGGGGGAGAAACCGUUCUCUUGCUCCGACUGCGGAAAGUGUUUCACGCAUCGCUCCGACCUGAACCGACAUCGCAAAACGCACAACGGAGAUAAACCUUUCCCAUGUCCCGAUUGUGGGAAACGCUUUGCGCAGCGCUCCGACCUCAAGAGACAUUAUAGGACUCACAAUGGGGAGAAACCGUUCUCUUGCCCGGAGUGCGGGAAAUGUUUUUCUCAACGCUCCCUGCUGAAUAAACAUCUCACGACUCACGGGGAGGACGCGUUUCCUUUGGAAUUCGGGAAAUGUUUUAACCAUCUCUCAGACUUUGGGCAACAGAAAACCGAUGCGGCAGAGAAGCAGUUUUCCUGCUCGGAAUGUGAUAAGUGUUUUAAGCAUUACUCCGACCUGAAGAAGCAUCAGCGAGUUCACACGGGGGAGAAGCCGUUUAGCUGCGCCGAAUGUGGCAGAUCUUUUACGCAGAGAGCCAACCUUAAUAAACACAACCGGAUUCACACGGGAGAGAAACCGUUUUCCUGCUCUGAAUGUGGCAAAUCGUUUAUCCAACGGGCGCAGCUCAUCCAGCAUCAAAGGAGCCACAACGGGGCCAGGCCUUUCUCUUGCUCCGACUGCCGGAGAUCUUUCAAGUACUACGCGGACCUUAAGAAACAUCAGCGGAUUCACACGGUGGACAUGCCAUUUUCUUGCGCUGAAUGUGGGAAAGGUUUUUCACUCAGCACCCAGCUUUAUAGGCAUCAGCUAAAUCACAGCCAGCCAAAGCCGCAGCUCAGUAUUCAGCUACCGAGCCAUGCGACAGGCGACCCAUUCUCUUCUACAGCUUGAGGGCUGCGCUCCGAACUGGACUUCACUAAACUCCCCAGGGUUUUAUUGUUUUUUAAAUGAAUCUGCAUAAGUUAUUUGGUUUUUUAUCAUCGUUUUACUACAAAGUCCGAGAUUGCAGCACAGUCAUUUUGAAGGAGACCCCUAACCC